UUAUAUUUUGGGACAGAUGGGGUGAUAGAUUUAGGGUUAAUGAUUUAAACUGUUUUGCUCAGGAACUAUUUUGAUAGAUACAUAAAGCAAAACUGCCUAGCACAUAAGCACUUCACAGUAAACUGUUUUGAGACUGCAAUAUAGAUGCUUUUUCUUUUUUACUGGAUCUUUUGCUGAUCCCAUCUUCAUCCAUAUCCCCGCCAUUCAAAUUGAUCCAUUCAGUUGGAUUGCAUGCCUCUCAGAACAAGGGCGAUUCUAAUUCUAUCUUAUCACGAAUAAUUUCAUCACCAACCCAUUAUGCAUACAGGUCAAAUUUCAGUACAAAGGCGUGCCAAGCUUUGAUUUUUCUUCAGUGCAACUCUCACUAACGAAUGACCGUAGGUGUUACGUUCAUCCUUCUUUCCACACAAGAAUUUUAAUCCGUCAACUGUUUUUUCUCAUCAAGCAACAUGUGAUUCGAAAAAUCAUCACCUCCUUCGACUAGACGAGAACUUCUACUGCUCUUCCUGCAGAUAACACCAACGCAACAUUCUAACUGCAUGUUUCUUGUUUCUCCCACGUUAGUUUCAAGUUUCAACACUGUCCUCGUCAAAGCAAUGGCCAUGGACGCCUAUCAAUAAGUUUCUUCGAAACAAGCUGCUUAUCCAAAGUAGGGUCUCUCUACUGUUUGAUCAAGAUACAGAGGUUUCUCGCCUUCUUCAGGCUCCACGAAAUGGGGUACUUCCUUGAGCCAGCAAAGCAUGAAAUGCCCAAUUUCACUGCCUACAUCGACCCAUCGAUGACCAUGGCUUCAGGUUGGGCAGAUCUUCCGGACAACCUGCUGGACAUGGUCGCGCGGAGGACGGUCGGCAUCAAAGACUACGUCCGCCUCCGUGCGGUGUGCAAAUCAUGGCGCUCCUUCUUGAGCCCGAGGUCGAGCCCGCCGUGGCUGAUGCUCCCGUACGACCCGCGCGGCGAGAGCUGCACCCGGGGCUUCCUGGACGUCUCCGACGGGACCGUGCACGAGCUUGACCUGCCGGAGACCAGAGGCAAGCGGUGCUGCGGCUCGUCGCAGGGGUGGCUCGUCCUCGAGCGGUGGCCCGACGUUUGGCUGCUCAACCCGGCCACGCGGGAGCGCGUCCAGCUCCCGCCCCUGACGUCCCGUGGCGAGGCGUGGCCGUGCUCUCGUUUCAUGGGGAAGGGCGCGAGGGAGAGGUGGGAGGACCGCGCCUACAGAGGCCUGCGCCGCCCGCUCCCUCAGCUGGAGGUGCGCAAGGCGGCCUUGUCGUCGGACCCGUCCGUCGACGGUGCUUGCACAGUCGUGGUCCUCCUCGCCGCCAAGGACGAGGUGGUGUUCUGCAAACUGACGGACGCGUCGUGGACGACCCUCGCGUGCGCGCCGGGAGCGUUCAGCGCCGUGGACGUGACGUACCAGAACGGCCGGUUCAACCUCGUCAGCCACUACGGGCGCGUCGCGGUGUUCGACCUCGUCUCGCCGCUGCGCGAGGUGCCCACGCACCGGGACACGGUCCACGCCCUCGCGCACACGUGGGACGGCCGGUGCCUCGUCCAGCGGCAUGGCGGCGAACUGCUGAUGGCAGCGUGGAGCGGGAGCGGCCGCGAGCUGGCUGUCGUCAGGCUGGGAUCUGACGGGUGGUGGACGGAGGCAGGCGACGUUGGCGAAGACGUGGUGCUGUUGGCCUGCACGGAGAGCGGCGGUCAGGCUUUCGGCACGGCGACGUGCUCUGGUGGCAGGGGAACCAUGCUUGAUUCGUUAAAACUGACGAAUCUGCCGUGGUUUUCGACGACAAACGCGAGAGUUCUGCGUCAGUCUGCUCAGCCAUGGCAAUUGGGACGUCGUGAAGAUAAACCGUUGGUUUGAGCAGCUCUUCGGGGUGCCGGUCACCACCUCACCGGCUGCUUCGAUCACUAGCGGCUGCUUCUAGGACUUUAGGAUAUUUUUUGUAAUUUUGUUCUUUUUUUUUUGUACUCCAUACACCACUAGACAUCUUUAUACGGGUAUUCAAGGAUGCCUCUAGGUACUCUAGUAUGCGACUCAAAGCUGUAGGCAAGUACCUUACUACUGAAGGUCUACUAUAAACAUGACAAACAUGAACAUCCCAGCAGGAAGAGGAGUCGAUAGAGUAGCAAACAUGACGGCAAUGAACAUCUCCCUAGCACCCGGCCACGCGCCUAGCUCCGAGCGUUUUUUAAACACUGACGAUGUAAUAUUCAGUCCCAAAAACAUGUGGAUGUUCUGUAGACUGUACCAAUAUGAAGUUUUCAUUAUAGAUACAAAGUUACAUUUGCCCAAAA